UCUGCUUCCUGCUCCUUUUCCCAGGGCCCGGAUGCAGCUGAGCACCGUCCCCACCACCUGCCUGGCACUGGGGAUGCUGCAGAGCUGAGGAUGGAGCACGAUUCUGCCAAUGCAUCAACCAAAACUCUCUGUACCACCUGGAGGCUGCUGCUGCUGCUGCUUGGGAUCAUGGGGCUGCUGGCAGCAGCAGUGGCCGGGGCCUGGCUGCUGGGUCAGUACCUGCAGAACAGCCCCAGCUCCAUGCCCAGCACCCUGCCCAGCCGCAUGCCUCACCUGCUGCUCUCCUCUCCCAAAGGGUGGCACCUGGGGGGUCCACAGCCACACCAGGGCUUGGCCAAGCCACAGACAUCAGAUACUGUGACAGCAUGCAGUGAGGGCGAGGAGGAGGAGCCUGUGGUCCGCGGGGCACCUGGAGGAGUGUCUUUCAGGAUCCAGGCAGGUGCCUCCCUGCUGGCUGUGCGGCCACACGACCGGUCCGGAUGGCUGCUGGCCUGCCAUGAGCACUGGCAGCCCACGCUGGGCACACGGCUGUGCCGGCACCUCGGGGCGCUCAGAGCGAUACAUCAGAAGGGGGUGAACCUGACGGACGUGAGAAUGGAGGAUGGGCAGGAGUUUGCCCAGGUGGGGUCCAGCCUGGAUGAUGCGUGGCAGAUCAGGAGCAGCUGCGAGUCGGGCCGCGUUGUGGCACUGCAGUGCUCAGCCUGCGGGCAGCGCCCGGCACCCGGGGGCCGCGUGGUGGGGGGCAUGGAUGCUGCCCCCGGGCGCUGGCCCUGGCAGGUGAGCAUCCGCCACGGCUCCCGGCACCGCUGCGGUGGCUCCGUGCUGGCGCCGCGUUGGAUCGUCACCGCCGCCCAUUGCGUGCGCAGGUACAGGGCUGCCCUCAGCACGGGACCUGCAGCGGGGGCUCAGGGGCUGUGCUGGGGGCUCUGCGGGAUCUUCUGUCCCCUCAGCUACCGGCGGCGGAGCGCAUCGGGCUGGACGGUUCAUGCUGGUGUCACUCAUGGCUCGGCCAAACAGGAGGCCGGGGUGCCAGUGGAGAGGGUUAUUUCUCACCCGCUGUACAACGAUAACAGCAUGGACUACGACAUCGCUCUGAUGAAGCUGCGAGUUCCCUUGAAUUUCUCAGACACCAUUGGAGCUCUGUGCCUGCUGCCCUCCCACCAGGACCUGCUCCCAGGCACGCCGUGCUGGGUGUCGGGCUGGGGCUACACCAGGCCUGACCAAGCCCAACUCACUGAGACGCUGAAGGAAGCCCUGGUGCCGUUGAUCAGCACCCAGAGGUGCAACAGCUCGUGCAUGUAUGCAGGAGAGCUCACGGCCAGGAUGCUGUGCGCCGGGUACCAGCAGGGGAAGAUCGAUGCCUGCCAGGUGAUGGGCGGCCAGGGGCAGGAGCACAGCAGAGGGGCUUUGGGGCUGAGUGCUGCUGUGCUCCCAUCCCUGCUCUGCUGCAGGGCGACAGCGGGGGCCCCCUGGUCUGCCAGGAUGAGCUGGCGUGGCGCCUGGUGGGCAUCGUCAGCUGGGGCCAGGGCUGUGCUGAACCAAACCGCCCGGGGGUUUACACCAACGUGGCUCAGCUUCUGCCCUGGAUUUAUCACAUCACUGAGAUCUACUAGAAGCAAGGAGAAACCUCCUGCAUCAACGCACGGCCCAUUGCACAUCUAUGUGAAGAAAAGCCUAGCACUAAUUCCCACUGUUCCUAUAACCCCUAAAGGAACGGCACCAGACACCACCAGAACACGUGGCCAGUAUAAAUAGUUUAUUAAAGAAAAUAGCA